AUGAGUAACCAGCGGAGGAUUCUAGAAGGAAUUCAUCGUGCGGGUUUGGCCGUGAAGGAUUUGGAGGUGGCAUCUGAGCCGGCCUCGGAGGCGCUGUCUGUCUGCCCCGUCUGCCAAUGGGCAACGGGGGGUGGGCUGGGAGCACCCCACGACUACUUCAGCAUCCUUGGGGGUGCCGACAGAGACACGGAGAGGAGCAAGCGGAGCCCAAGGGACCCUGGAGGUGGGUGGGGGCCGCUGGGAGCAGACACCUGGGGAGUGGCUGGAGGAGGAGCCGAGCCCGUGGAUGGGGAUUUAGCGGCUGGGAAGAUGGCCUCCUCCGCCUUUCCCAUGGGUCCCAUCGACAGCCUCGAGCUCCUGGAUCUCCUGUUCGACCGGCAGGACGGCAUCCUGAGACACGUGGAUCUGAGUGACGGCUGGGACCAAAGUGAGGGCCAGAUCCUGCCAGGCCCCGAACCCAACGACUUCCUCAGCUCCAUCCUGGGCCCUGGCGACUCUGGGUCCAACUCUCCCCUCUGGUCCCCAGCGGCCAGUGACAGUGGCAUCUCCGAAGAUCUGCCAUCUGAUGCCCAGGACACCCCUCCCCACAGCGGGCCUGCCGCCGUCCCCAGUGGCCACCCCCCAGAGGCCGAGCCCAGCAAGGAGCCCAUCCCCGCCUUUCAUCCGGGUCCCUCCUGCCCUACCAGGGACAUGGGGCCGGGCACCCAGCUGCUGGACACCUCAGUGGCCAUAGACGUGGAAAUGUGGAGCCCAGGAAGAAGCCUCUAUUCUGGGGAGCAGGCCGGGCUGUCGGACUCACCCCCACGCUGCAACCUCACGGUGAAAGAGCUCCUUCUCUCUGGUGUCAGCAGCGACCUGCAGCAACAUCCCCUGGUGGGUCCCCAUCUGCUGCGACCAGGCCCCGGGCACUGCCAACAGCUGGUGCUGACAGAGGACGAGAAGAAGCUGCUGGCCAAAGAGGGUAUCAGUCUGCCCACCCAGCUGCCCCUGACCAAGUACGAGGAGCGAGUGCUGAAAAAAAUCCGCCGGAAAAUCCGGAAUAAACAGUCGGCUCAAGAAAGCAGGAAGAAGAAGAAGGAAUAUAUUGAUGGUUUGGAGACGAGGAUGUCAGCCUGUACUGCCCAGAACCAGGAGCUGCAGAGAAAAGUGCUGCAUCUCGAGAAGCAGAACCUGUCCCUCUUGGAGCAGCUGAAGAAACUUCAAGCUAUUGUGGUCCAAUCCACCAGCAAGUCUGCCCAGACUGGCACCUGUAUAGCGGUCCUGCUGCUCUCCUUCGCCCUCAUCGUCCUCCCCUCCAUCAGCCCUUUCACCCCAAACAAAGCCGAGAGCCCCGGGGACUUUGCACCUGUGCGAGUCUUCUCCAGAACUUUGCACAACGAUGCGGCGUCCCGCGUGGUCUCCGACACUGCCCCGGGGUCUGAGGCCCUGGGACCCCAGCCUGAGGUCGGCACACCCCGGGAAGGGUCUCCAGACAAUCCUGGGGCUGAUGGAGGCUCCAAGGACACGCCGGCGCUGGACAACUCGACCCUCUUGCUGGGCAACUCGACGGAGCAGCUGGGCAACUCGACGGAGGAGCUGGGCCCGGCCACCCUGCUGGACUGGGCCACGCCUGAGCCAGGGCGCAGCCCGGGACGCGCGGGGCUGGAGGCGGCUGGGGAGGAGCUGUGAGCGCCCCCAGGACCUUGUCCCCAUGUCUCUCUGCCCUGGGGGUGCAUCUCUAGGUGCUGCAGUAACAGGAACCAGAACUGUUAGGUGAGGCAGAGACCCCCGCGGAGCCCCCCGGAUUGAGAAUCACAAACUUGCAGCUACAGACCCAGGGGCCAAGACAGAGCCCCAAACCCUGGGGAGGUUACACAGACAGACCCGGGUGCCCAGAUGCAGAGAAGAGGAAGAUGUCUACAGACACACAGAUGCACACCCAAACACGCACAAACUGAGACAGUCACUCAGGCUCGGACAGACACACAGACACGUCCGAUGCCUCAGCGACUGCCCACGCCCCUGGACACCUCCCCUCCCACCCCGCACAAAGAGGGGAGAAAGCGGGCAAAGACGGGGACCCCGGUCCCGGGCUGAGCUCUGGACUUUAAAGACAGUCGUGAUUCUUAAUAAAAGUGUUUUGGCAAAA